UCGUCAGUUGGCCGCUUGGGUCGCCAGUAGUCGUCAGUCUAGCGAAUAUGGCUGAGAACAAUGGCAAUAGUUGUUAAGCUAACUCUGCGUUCCGCUGGCACUUGUCAACAAAGACGUUACCCUUGAUCUGCGCGCGACGAAUUACGGUCGCCUGGCAUAGCGGAAUCCGGAAACAAUAUUAUGGCAACUGCUAUGCAACUACAGGAGAAUGGCAUGAAACCGUUAACAAAUAAAUCACUGAAUCAUGUGAAGGAUGUUAAUAAUUUAGACAAUGCAAACUCCUGUACGGAAGGAAAAGACAAUAGAUUGUUUGAUGAUCAACUUCAACCUUACGUGGAUCAUGCCGAAGUACCUCAAGAAGAGACUAAUAAACAACCUCACGAAGAGCCCCACGAAGAACCUCCAGAGCUUGAUAUUGUUAUUAACAAUGUAGUUUGCAGCUUUAGUGUAAGGUGUCACUUGAACUUACGAGAAAUAGCGCUCCAUGGAUCGAAUGUUGAAUACAGAAGAGAAAAUGGGAUGAUAACGAUGAAAUUAAGGAAACCAUACACGACAGCAUCUAUCUGGUCAUCUGGUAAAGUAACGUGCACUGGUGCAACCAGUGAAGAUGAAGCAAAAACUGCUGCACGCAGAUUUGCCCGCUGUCUUGAAAAACUAGGAUUCAAAGUGAAAUUCAAUAAUUAUAGGGUGGUCAAUGUAUUAGGCACUUGUUGUAUGCCAUUUGCUAUCAAAAUAACAUCAUUUUCGGUGCAUCAUAAAGAACACGCUGAUUAUGAACCUGAAUUACACCCUGGUGUUACAUAUAAGCUAAAAGAACCAAAAGCUACUCUGAAGAUAUUUUCUACAGGAAGUGUUACUGUAACAGCACCUAACGUUGCUUCAGUCCAAGCAGCAAUUGAACAUAUUUAUCCACUAGUCUACGAGUUCCGCAAGGAACGAUCGCCUGAGGACGAACUUGCGUUGUCAACGAAGAAACGCAAAUUAGGCUUGAAAAGAAAACGGGAUGAGUUCCUAGAAGAUGAGCCCGAUUUCUCAUAUGAAAGUAUGAUCUCCGACGCAGAAGAUCCACUUGACGAAGUGGGAAGUGAUGGCAGUUCGAACUGAUCUGUUUUAUUUUAUCGCUCUACUGUUAAAUGUGAAACUGUUGUCUAUAUCUCGUUCUUUCAAUAUAAUAGAUGCGUACUGCUCUAUGUACAAAAGUGUUAUUGCUAAAAGUGAAGUGAAGCGUAAAUUCGUUUCCACUAUAGUGCAUCGACAAAUGUGUGAAUGUUAGGGAUAAAAAAAAUAGAUACAUAAAUGCACUUAUGUAUACAGACAUACACAGGGGCAUCAUUAUCAAGUACACAUCAAAUGAACUGAUCAUCUUGAAAAAAUGAUAUCCUAAAUAGUUACUUUUGUUAGCAAUAUCGCAUUAUAAAUACAAAAUAGAUAUAUGUGUAAUGUGUAAUGCACUACGUGCAUUGCAAAUGUAAAUAUGAGAAUACAUAUAUAUUUAUAUUUGUAUUUAUAUACUUAUAUUAAUAUAACUUCGCAUAAGUAGAUGCUAUCGUCAACAUCUACAUGUAUGUAUAUACACAUACACGAGCAUGUAUGCGUAUGUAUGUAUAAAUAUGCGUAGAACACACAUUUAUAAUUAUAGAAGAGAAAUGAUUAAUUUUUUUGAAGUUUAUUUAUCAUUAGGCAAAACUUAUAUAACGUGCUUCUUUGGAUUAGUACAGGUUUAUAAAAAAAAAGUGCACAUUGUUCACAUAUGUGUAUACGUACAUGCAUAUAUUUAUGCAUAUUGUGAAUUGUAGCCUGUACUUUUACGUUUCCAUUUAUUUUUAUUAUUUUCAAUUUAAUGAUAAUUGAUAGUUUUGCUUAAUUAACAUAUUGUGCCAAAGAUAGAUGUUCAAAAUUUAAGACAAAGUGAUCAAGAUUAUGUACACACGACUUUAUCCGUUGUAACGAUUAGCUUUUACAGUUCUCAUAAUCGAUUGAAACGUGUCCGAAAAUAUUUUAGUUUCCUAAAUAUUUUAUAGAAAGUAUUUUUUUUCAUCGAGAUCAAAAUAUUUUAUUUUGUAAUUUGGAUUCUGUUCUACAAAAUGCAUACCAACUAAUAUAAAUCCGUACUGCCAGCAGCUCGUUCUCGCUCAAAUAACUUCUCUUACUGAAAAGAGUUAUGUAUCCUAUAGUUUAUUAUUAUAUUCCUACAUUCAAUAUCUCUUGGUAUGUCUUAAGUGUACAAAUAUUAUUUUAUAUGUUUAUAUUCACAAAAUUUUCUAUACGAGAUAUUUGUAGGAAUUGUUUAACUACUAUAAACACACAUGUAAAUACGGCUACAUUUGUUAAAUACUAUAGUAAAUCUACAUAGAAAAUUAUACUAAUAGCAUAAGCGUACGAUGAGUAAGAAAAUUAAAUAAAUAUGCAUUCAUUUUUUAUAUAAUCAAUCAAAAGUGAACUAAAUCCUUUCGUUUCAAUAUUUUGUUAUACGUAUUAUAACAAAAUUUAGUAUUCUUUUUAGUUUUAAACAUAUCAAAAUUUUACGAAAUAGACAAGAUUAUUUGCAUUGUUUGGGCGAAUACGGGCUGUUUUUUUUGUGGAUGUAAACGUUAAAUGUUAAAUUUGGUUUUAAAAUAUCUAUUAUUACAUAAAAGGAUGUAGUCUGGUUUGCAGUAUUCAUGAAUUCGGAUUCACGUAUUACAAUAGAGUUUAUUUUAAUUACGUAAAUAUAAUCAUAAAGCCAGAAUCGUGACAUUAAUUUAGAACUGUGACAAACUAUUAUUUGUAUAGCAAUUUUAAUUCAUUGCGUCGGUGUUUUACGAAAAGUACUUCUUAAAAUCACAAGUUUAAACGUACGAAACGAAUGUAUUGUGUUCACUGAGAUAUUUAUUUUCGACUUAUAUAUACAUAUAUAUAACUGACUGGAAUUGCAUAUUCUAGAAUCUGCAACAAAGACAUAAAUAAUGCGAUAGGACCUGUUAUAGUGUUAGUUUUGUUUUUUUUGUAUUAGUCAUCACAUACACAUUAAUACAUACACAUUGAAAGUAUUUAUUUAUCACUUGCAGUAUCCUUAUGAUAUUAAGCGCAUUUGAAUCAUGUCAUUUUCAUAAGCAUUAAUUUUCUGAAAAAACUUGGAGUAUCAUCUGAACAGCCUACGACGAUGUUUAUUUUGUCCAUUCAUAAAAUAUUUUCAUGAAAAGAAAUAUUUUUACACGACUUUGCAAAUCUAAUUAAUUGUAUUUUUAGAACUGGGUUUUUUAUGUAAAGAUGUAUAUCGGAUAUUGUGCAAAACAUUACACUGAGGGUAUAAUAUAAAAUACGUUGUCUUUCUUAUACUUCGCAAUUAUUCACGUAUAUACGAAAUUUAACCUUUUUGUUUUGUGAUUAGCUGAAGAAAAGCAAUAUAUUGGUACAUGAGAAUAUAUAGAAAAAUUAUUAAAGAUUUGCGUAAAUCGUUAAUUAAUAGGAAAAAUUAAUAGAAAAAUUAAUAUGUGAAUAUCAUAUGAAUAUCUUAUCAUUACAUUAAGUACAAGAAAAUACGAUAAGGUAUGGCCGAUAUUUUAUUAAAUGAUUAAUCUGUUCGUGCCAUAUGACAUACAUUAUUCGUUAAAAUUAGUUGAAGCGGAGUUUCAUAAUUUUCAUAAUGUAUAUAUUGUUUUUACACUGAACAAAUUUUUUACGAUUUAAGCUGAAGUCACUGCCCUUAGUGUAUUGAAUCAGAAAGUGUAAGACUAAAUCCACUAAUGAGUACGUGACACAACUUAGCACAUUUUGUUUACAUUAUUGGAAAUAAAUGCUAUUCUUUGCGUUAUUAAUCAUAAGAGUUAAAGUUUAAGCGAAUGAGAAAAGUUGAAUGAUAAGACAUUGUCGAAGUGUAAUGACAAAAAUAAAUUCUAUCAUAUAUUUAA